GAGGGAAAAGAGAAAAUGUUCGAUGAGAAUAGUCACUAUAGAAGGAACCUAACGAAGCUGAGUCUGGUGUUUAGCCACAUGCUGAGUGAGUUGAAGGCGAUGUUUCCUAAUGGGACCUUCGCUGGAGACCAAUUUCGCAUCACGAAGAGCGACGCGGCAGAGUUCUGGCGCAACAACUUUGGGAACAGCACCCUGGUCCCCUGGAAGAUUUUCCGCGAAGAACUCAACAAUGUGCAUCCGAUAUCUUCAGGGCUCGAGACGAUGGCGCUUAAAACCACCAUCGACCUCACGUGUAACGACUUCAUAUCCAACUUUGAGUUUGACGUUUUUACUAGGUUAUUCCAACCGUGGAGCACCCUGCUCCGCAACUGGCAACUGCUGGCCGUGACACAUCCAGGCUACGUCGCCUUCCUCACCUACGACGAGGUUAAAGCACGGCUACAGAAAUACAUACACAAGGCUGGAAGCUACGUAUUCAGGCUAUCGUGCACGCGACUAGGCCAGUGGGCGAUAGGCUACGUGACGGCCGACGGAGAGAUCCUGCAGACCAUACCGCAAAACAAGAGCUUGGUGCAGGCACUGCUCGACGGAUACAGAGAAGGAUUCUACUUAUACCCGGAUGGUCGCGACGUGAACCCCGACUUGAGCAGCGCGAUUAUCUCUCCCGCGGAAGACCACAUCACCGUAACACAAGAACAGUAUGAGCUCUAUUGUGAAAUGGGAAGCACCUUCCAAUUAUGUAAGAUUUGCGCAGAGAACGACAAGGAUAUCAGAAUAGAACCCUGUGGGCAUUUAUUAUGUACACCGUGUCUCACUGCGUGGCAGAUUGACUCUGAAGGACAAGGCUGUCCGUUCUGUCGCGCGGAGAUCAAAGGCACAGAGCAAGUAGUAGUGGACGCGUUUGUGCCUCCACGACCGCCCAACUCAUCGGGAGAUGCUAAAGGAUUUAGGAUACAUGACUGGGCUGAAUUCAACGCGGCAACGUCAACGAUUGACGCUCUCAGACCCUCAGUCCGAUCCCCAGCGGUAUCACCCCGGCAUUCUCCCCGUGCGACCCGUAAGGCUCCUGCUCCUUGCGAAAAUGCAUACGGGGAACUAAGAGCUCCACCGUUACCGCCACGGAAGAGUCUAUCACCAGCUGAACCAGCGAUUGUUGCUGCGUCUAGUGUACAGGAUAUUGCUACUGCCAGUGCACCAGAACCUCGAAGACGUUCAUCGCUGGAACCCGAGCCAGACUCGCGGCAUCGACUUACCUCCAUCAUCACAGGCUCUACGGAAACCAUCACCGGCAUCAUCGACACCAGACACGAGGUGCCACCAGACCCAAGAGCAUUCGAGAAGCCCCGGCGAGCAUGCACUCCUCAAUCAAACAGUAGACCGCUUCCUGCCCCGCCCCCUGAACGCUUUGUAGACGAUAGAGCAUCAGAAAAAUCAACAGAAAAACUAGAGCACAAAACAGAAAUCAGACCAACGGAAAGACACCCAGAAAUGAGGCCGACAGAAAGACACCCGGAAAUUCGGCCAUUAGAAAGACACCCAGAAAUACGGCCAACAGAAAGAAACAUAUCAGAAAACAGAGAACGACAACUCCCAGAAAUUAGAGAUAGAUACAAUAUGCCAGAGAGACAUUUAGAUAACAGAACCCCGGAAAUAAAACCAGAAAGGCCAUUACCAGAAAAUAGGUUAACAGACAGACAUAGCAUGCCAGAAAAUCGUCCAUCAGAAAGACACGUCACUGAAGCCCGGACCGAUCGACAUAGUAUGCCCGAAACGAGACCACCGGAAAGACCUGAACAUCGCGUACCAAUGCCAGUACCCAGUGAUAGAGAAAGACAUACAGAAAAUAGACAAGAUAGGUACGUGUCUGAAAGAUCAACAGAUAGGCAAGACAGGCACGAUAGUCGUAUGCCUUUACCUGUUGAAAGAUUAGACAGACACGAUGUUAGACACGCUCCAAUACCUGCGGAGCGACAUGUAAAUUUACCUACAGAGAGACCGUUACCGGCCGAAAGACAUAAUGUCUCCGAACGCCAUGUUUCCUUACCUGAGACUAGACAUAUACCUAGCGAUAGACAUAUAGACUUUAGAGGCAUAGAAAAACCUGAUUAUAGAAUACAUGAGUUUAGAAGUUUCGAACGUGUUGACAACAGAGCACCGCCUAGGCAAAGGUCUCUGCCAGCUACUACAAGCGGUAGUAUAGAACAGCCAUCGAAGUCAAUAACCAUGCCUAAAUUCCCGUCUGAUGUUGGGAAGGAGCAUGGCUAUGAGAAUGUUAAUGUUUCUAUUGAAGAUGAACCUAAGAAUGAGCUGCCUAUUGCACCUAAAAAAAUCAACCCCUUGACACACGACAAGCACGGGAGAAAAUACGGUGACAACGUAUCUUAUGAAAAUAUAAAUUUAGAUUACAUAGCACGUUUAGUAGACGAAGGUUAUCCUAAAGACAUUGUUGUCCGAGCGCUAGGCAUCACUCGGAACGACUUAGAAAUGGCGUGUGACAUAUUACAUGAAUUUGGUACAAAGGAACAUAGAGAAGAAAUGAUGAGAAACAAAUUCACUGUGUAA